UCCGUCACGGACUGAUGACGUGUGUCUGUCCGGGGCUCGUUAGCCUGCCAGCAGCUCGGCGGCUCUCUUCCGGUUCUGACGGUCCGGUCCUCGGCGUGCAGCAUGGCGGCGGACUGGGAGGAGAUCCGGCGGCUCGCCGCGGACUUCCAGCGGGCUCAGUUCAGCGAAACUGUCCAGAGGCUGUCGGAGAGGAACUGCAUCGAGAUCAUCGCCAAGCUGGUGCAGGAGAAGCGGCUGGACGUGGUGCACACGCUGGACGGGAAGGAGUACAUCACCCCGGCGCAGAUCAGCAGGGAGAUCCGGGACGAGCUCUACGUGCACGGAGGAAGAAUCAACAUCGUGGACCUGCAGCAGAUCCUCAAUGUGGACUGGGUCCACGUGGAGAACCGGGCCAGUGACAUCGCCAAGACGGACAGGGGGGUUCAGCUGGUCCUGGGUCAGCUGAUCGAUAACUCCUACCUGGACCGCCUGGCCGAGGAGGUGAACGACAAGCUGCAGGAGGCGGGUAUGAUCAGCAUCGCAGAGCUGUGCAAGGCCUACGACCUGCCGGGGGACUUCCUGAGCGAGGAGCUGUCCAAGCGGCUGGGGACGCUCGUCCAGGGACAGAUGGACCAGUACAACAGAGGGGUCAUCUUCACGCCGGCGUUCGUGGCCCGGCACAGAGCCCGGAUCCGGGGCCUGUUCACCGCCGUCACCAGGCCCACUCCAGUCAGCAGCUUGAUCGGGACCUUUGGAUUCCAGGAGCAUCUCUUAUACUCUGUCCUGGAGGACAUGGUGAACGCGGGCCGUCUGAAGGGCAGCGUGGUGGGAGGACGGCAGGACAAGGCCGUCUACGUCCCCGAGAUCUACGCCCGGACACAGAACAGCUGGGUGGACGCCUUCCUCCAGCAGAACGGAUAUCUGGAGCUGGACGCCCUGUCCCGGCUGGGCAUCCCGGACCCGUCCAGCUACAUCAGGAAGCGGUUCCGGUCCAGCAGGCUGCUGUUCCUGCGGGCGGCCUGCGUGGGCCCGGUGCUGGUGGAGCAGGUGGAGGCCUCGGUGGAGGAGGCGGUCAGCUCCGGGACCUGGACCGACCUCCAGCCCCUCCUGCCCAGCUGCUUGUCCUCGGAGGACAUGGGGAUGCUGAUCAGCCAGGCGCUCAGGAACGCCGGCGUGCAGGAAUCCUGCUGCCUGCUGGGAGCCACGGUAGUGGUCAGCCACAAGUUCAUCAACAGCUGCCUGGCUCUGUUCCAGGACGCCAUGCAGCAGAAGGCCCAGAAGGAGGUGAAGAGCAGCCCGGUGUUCCUGAUCACCGAGGACGACCUGAAGCAGGCGUCCGUCCUGACGGAGAGCUCGGCGCCGUCCAAGAAGGAGAAGAGGGAAGCCGAGCGCAGGAAGAAGGCCUCAGAGGGCGGCGGCGGCCGGUCCGGCGGAGGAGGCAACGCCCGGGAGAUCCGCACACGGAAAACCAAGAAGAAAGGGAGGAGGGAGGAGGACAGCGAUGAGGACAGCGGCCCGUCCCAGCAGGCUCGCAGCAAACAGCCGGACGCCGUCUUCAUGGCGCCGGACGAGAUCCAGGCCGUCCUGGAGCAGAGGCUGAGCGACUGUCCCGAAGACGUCCUCUCUGAGCUGGCAGAGCACCUGGUCAGGCCUCUGAACCGGAGCUACCAGGACGUGCUGCGCUCCGUCCUCCUGUCCUCCAGCGUCCCGGCGGCCGGCCGGAAGCAGAGCGUGAAGGAGCUGCAGGAGGACGUCUCCACCCUCUACAACAACGUGCGGCUGUUCGAGAAGGGCGCCCGGCUGUUCUCCGAGGACACCCAGGUCCACAUUGCCCGCCACCUCCUGAAGACCGUCUGCAGCGACGUGGCCAACGUCCUGGUCAACUUCCUGGCUGCUGACCUGCUGAUGUCUGUGGAGGACCCCAGCUCCAUCACCAGCGAGGUCCGACUGAAGAUAGUGAGCAAGCUGCCUGAGGAGACCAGAGGACCCCUGAUGAAGCUGCACAACUGCCUGAAUGGAAAGUCCAUCGAGGACUUCCUGUCCAACAUGGAGGCGUGUGCAGAGGUCUGUGGCUUCAUGCUGAAGAAGGGAGACAAGAAGAAAGAGAGGCAGGCCCUGUUCCUGCACCGCCAGGCCCUGUCUGCUCAGCUGCAGGCGGCGGAGGACCCGGCUCUGGUCCUGCACCUGUCCAGCGUCCUGCUGUUCCAGGCCGUCUCCCACUGCAUGCUGCAGGCCCCGGGACGCUGCGUCCCCCACGUCCUGGGCUCGCUGACCGGACGCAUCCCGGCCGAGCAGCAGCAGCUGCUGACGUCCUACCAGAGCCUGGUGGUGAAGCAGCUGGUGAGCCAGGCUCAGAGCAGGAAGGAGGACCGGGGUCAGGACCUGGACCGGGACCUGGACCAGGAGGAGCAGGAGGAGGCGCGCAGCGUCCGCUCGCAGCUGGCCGCUCUGACGCCUCAGGUCAAAGCCCUGGUCCUGUCCCAGAGGAAGACGUCCGUGAACGAGGACUGACCCAGGCGGUCCCUGCUGGAGUCCCUCAGGGUCUGACCGGGGACCCUCACUCUGCGCCUCCUCCUCUGUCCACAUGUGAGACCUGUCCAGUGUCCAGGCCGUCUGUCACAGCUUUCAAUAAAGACAACGAAGUCUC